AUGGCGACGAUGCGGGCUCGUCACAAGAUUCGGGCCCCUCGUAGGGGCCUCGCGUCUGCAAAACCAGAAGAUUUCGACACUAUCUGGCCUGUCCUCUCUUCAUCUCUAACAGAAAUCCAUACGAAAAAUGCCUCAACCAUUUCCUUCGAAGAGCUCUACCGUAGCUCAUACAAGAUUGUUCUUCAGCAGCGGGGUGAGGACCUGUAUCAGCAGGUCAAGAAUCUCGAAGAACACUGGCUACACGGUACAGUCAAGCAGCGAAUUACAGAUUCUAUCUCAGCGACCUUGGUCCGCGCGCAGGCUGAAAACUCUGAGUUGCAAGAGCAAUCGAAUGAGCGACGGGCUGCGGGGGAGAAGUUUCUGGCUGCGUUGAAGGAAGCAUGGGAAGAUCAUCAGCUUUGCAUGGGCAUGAUUACGGAUGUAUUGAUGUAUAUGGAUCGUAUUAUCGCCGUCGACCGCUCGAAGCCAUCCAUCUACGUCGUCUCCAUGGCUUUAUUCCGAGAUAAUGUCCUUCGCGCCACGGUUCGCCCAGAUAGCACGGUAUCUGUCCUUGAUAUACUCAAAUGGACGAUCCUUUUUAUGAUUCGACUAGAGAGAGCGGGACACAUGAUUGAACGACCGCUGGUCCGACACUGCAUCCAGAUGCUAGAGGGACUCUACGAAACCGUUACAGAGGAGGAAGGCACCAAACUAUAUCUGACAGUAUUUGAGCCUGCUUUCUUAGAAACGAGUACGCUCUUCUACCAGGGUGAGGGUCGCCGAUUGCUGGAAAUCGGCGAUGCGUCUACUUUCUGCCGAACUGCUACUCAACGGAUCGCCGAAGAGCAAGAAAGAGCUCGCACCACAUUGUCUACGCUAUCAGAAGGUAAGGUCCUGGAGACUCUUGACCGGGAGCUUAUUUUCAAAAAUCUCGACGAAGUGGUCAGUUUAGAAGGAACCGGCGUUAGGCAUAUGCUUGAUCACAACCAGUUGGAGGGUUUGAAGGAUGUAUACACAUUGAAUUCACGGGUGGACAAGAAGAAAGAAGCGCUUACCAAGGCUAUCAAUCAACGAAUUGUGGAGCUUGGAAGAGAGAUCAACGCGACAUCUAUUGCGCCCAAUGCUGUGACUUCACAGCCUAAGAAGGGCACGGAAGAGAAAGGCGCCGAAAAGAAGAAAGGCAAAGAGAAAGAGAAGCCUACAAAUCAGCAAACUGUGCUGGCUAUCCAAUGGGUUGAUGACAUCCUUGCUCUCAAGAGACAAUUUGACAAUGUCUGGGAAAAUGCGUUCGCGUCAGAUCAGGGCCUCCAUCGCUCAAUCAUGGCCAGCUUUAUGGAUUUCAUCAACAUGAACUCUCGAAGCUCGGAAUAUCUUUCCUUGUUCUUCGACGAAAAUCUCAAGAAAGGCAUCAAAGGGAAGACAGAAAAUGAAGUUGACGCCCUAUUGGAUAACGGCAUCACACUCCUCCGCUACAUCAAGGAUAAGGAUCUUUUCGAGACAUACUACAAGAAGCAUCUUGCUCGUCGACUCCUAAUGAAACGAUCGGCCAGUAUGGAUGCUGAGCGACAAAUGAUAUCCAAGAUGAAGUUGGAAGUCGGCAACCAAUUUACUCAACGAAUUGAAGCCAUGUUCAAGGACAUGGCUAUUUCUGAGGAUCUAACAGCAAGCUACAAAGAAUAUGUCUCUGGCACUGGAGAUCCAGACGAGAAACGCAUGGAUCUAGACAUGCACGUUCUCACCAGUACAAUGUGGCCCAUGGAGAUAUUGGCAAAUAAGGAUGGCUCGGCACAAAAGACUUGCAUUCUGCCCCGCGAAGUUGAAAGUGUGCGUCAAAGCUUCGAAAAGUUCUACCUCGACAAACACAGUGGUCGCAAGCUAUCUUGGCAGCCCUCUAUGGGUACCGCUGAUAUUCGAGCGACCUUCCACCGCAGCAGUGGCAAAAUUCAGCGUUAUGAACUGAACGUUUCCACAUACGGACUCUUUGUAUUGAUGCUCUUCAAUGAUCUUCCAGAUGGCGAGUCUUUAACGUUUGAAGAUAUACAAUCUCGGACACUGAUCCCACCUCACGAUUUGAUUCGUAACUUGCAAUCCCUCGCCGUGGCACCUAAGACCCGUGUCCUCCGCAAAGAGCCAAUGAGCAAGGACGUGAAGCCAACAGAUGAAUUCUUUUUCAACAAUGAGUUCCACAGCCAAUUCGUCAAGGUUCGCAUUGGCGUUGUUAGCGGCAGCGCUAACAAGGCCGAGAACCCUGAUCAGCGAAAAGAGACAGAAAAGAAGAUGUCCGAAGAGCGUGUUGGUACAAUCGAGUCUGCACUCGUGCGUAUCAUGAAACAACGCAAAUCACUAAGCCAUACCCAACUCAUCUCCGAGGUCUUGUCGCAACUCUCUGCACGUUUCGUUCCAGACGUUGGGAUGAUCAAGAAGCGUAUCGAGAGUUUGAUCGAUCGCGAGUACUUGGAACGUCUAUCCGAGGACCCAGCAACAUAUGGAUACGUGGCUUAG